AUGAAGGUGUCAAGCACUUUCGAUGGAAGAAAGAUGUAUGAAGAGGUCAUAAGAGCAACCAACGCGUUCAAUGAUAUAUAUUGCAUUGGGAAGGGAGGAUAUGGAACAACAUAUCAAGCAAAGUUCUCAUCUGGUGAAAUGGUAGCUGUGAAGAAACUCCACCAACUACUUGACGAUGAGAAAAGAUCCCAAAAAGCAUUCUUAAAUGAGAUAAAGGCAUUAACAAAAGUACGACAUCGAAAUAUCGUCAAACUUCAUGGCUUCUGUUCGUAUGCUCGACAUUUGUUUUUGGUUUACAAAUAUGUAGAAAUGGGUAGUUUGGCAAGAAUUUUGCAGAUUGAAGAAUAUGCUAAAGAAUUUGAUUGGAGUAAGAGAUUGAAUAUUGUCAAAGGUGUGGCUUAUGCCUUGUCCUACAUGCACCAUGAUUGCUCACCACCAAUAAUUCAUCGGGAUAUCAAAAGUAACAACAUCUUGUUGGAUUCUCAAUAUGUGGCCCAUGUUUCAGAUUUUGGUAUUGCUAAGAUUUUGGAGAUAGAUUCAUCCAAUUGGACUUCCCUUGCAGGCACAUAUGGAUAUAUAGCACCAGAACUUACUUAUACAAUGAAGAUAACUGAGAAAUGUGAUGUAUAUAGCUUUGGUGUGUUGUCAUUAGAAGUGAUAAUGGAAAAGUAUCCGGGUGAUUUCAUCUUCUUAUUUAAGUCAUCUCCAUCAGUUGAGAUGGGCAUUCAACUGAAAGAUGUGUUGGACCAACGCCUUCAGUUUCCAGUGCCCCAAGUUGAGGGCAAGCUCAUAAGGGUUGCAGAGAUUACUACUGAAUGCUUAAAUGACGUUCCAGAAUCCAGGUUGAGUGUUACUGAUGGGGAUGGUUUGAGUGUUGGGAGAAGCUUGAGUGCCAGGGUGGUUAAGGCUAGGGGUGUAACCGGUCCUAUUUUGGACGUAUUUUAG